AUUAUCUGAUGCGUUAGCGAUCGGGAAGAUACUAAGAGAUGGACAUUCUUACUGCUCUUCUACUUCUAGUCCACCUGAUUCCAGUGUCGACAGCUAAGAAUGAAGUGAGUAGCAAGAGUCGAAAGAGAAUCAUGCCUGACCCAGUAACAGAGCCCCCUGUGAUGGACCCCGUCUACGAAGCUCGUCUGUACUGCAACAUUCCAAGUGUGGCCGAGCGCAGCAUGGAAGGUCACGCCCCGCAUCACUUCAAACUGGUCUCCGUGCAUGUUUUCAUCCGCCAUGGGGACAGGUACCCGCUGUAUGCCAUUCCCAAAACCAAGCGGUUAGAAAUUGACUGCACUCUGGUGGCUAACAGGAAACCAUACCAUCCUAAACUGGAAGCUUUCGUUAGUCAUAUGGCAAAAGGAUCCGGAGCCUCUUUUGAAAGCCCCUUACACUCCCUGCCUCUUUACCCCAGUCACCUGCUGUGUGAGAUGGGAGAACUCACGCAAACAGGAGUUGUACAGCAUUUGCAGAAUGGUCAGCUACUGAGGGACAUCUAUCUAAAGAAACAUAAACUCCUGCCAACUGACUGGUCUGCAGACCACCUUUACUUGGAGACCACUGGGAAAAGCCGGACUCUACAAAGUGGGCUGGCCUUGCUUUAUGGCUUUCUCCCGGAUUUUGACUGGAAGAAGGUUUACUUCAGACACCAGCCAAGUGCUCUGUUCUGCUCUGGGAACUGUUAUUGCCCAAUGAGAAACCAGUAUCUAGAAAAAGAGCAGCGUCGUCAGUACCUCUUACGUUUGAAAAACAGCCAGCUGGAGAGGACCUAUGGGGAGAUGGCCAAGAUCGUGGACAUCCCCACUAAGCAGCUGCGAGCCGCGAACCCCAUCGACUCCAUGCUCUGCCACUUCUGCCACAAUAUCAGCUUCCCCUGCACUGGAAACGGCUGUAUUGCCAUGGAGCACUUCAAGGUGAUCAAGACACAUCAGAUAGAGGACGAGAGAGAGAGGCGGGAAAAGAAACUGUAUCUUGGGUAUGCACUACUGGGCGCCCACCCCAUCCUGAAUCAAACCAUCAGCCGCAUGCAACGUGCCGUGGAAGGCAGGAAAGAAGAGAUCUUUGCCCUUUACUCAGCCCAUGAUGUCACCUUGUCACCAAUUCUCAGUGCCUUGGGCCUUGCGGAAGCCAGGUUCCCACGGUUUGCGGCCAGGUUGAUCUUUGAGCUCUGGCAAGACAGAGAAAAGCCCAGUGAGCAUUCUGUCCGGAUUCUUUACAAUGGUGUCGAUGUCACGUUCCACACCUCUUUUUGCCAGGAGCACCGCAAGCAUUCUCAUAAGCCUAUGUGCCCCCUGGAAAACUUAGUCCACUUUGUCAAAAAGGACAUGUUUGCAGCCCUGGGUAGCAGUGGUACUAAUUAUUAUGAAGCGUGUCACAAGGAAGGAUUCUAAAAGGCACAAUGUGUCAUGCUUAUAAAAUCCGUGCCAGUACAGAAGAAAUGGGAAAGGUUCUCUUCAAAUUCCUUCUGUUGCAAAGGGUACAUGAUACUGAUUUUUAAAGGCUAGAAACCCUGUCGGGAAUCUUAUAAAUGGUUUGGUUUGAAGGGUAAGUAC